CAAAAACCCAAAUAAGAAAAAGCCAAAAAGGAAGGAGAAUCAAGCAAGAGCAGGGGAUUUGCCCAAACAAAAAAAAUAAACAAAAAGCUCCAAGAAAGCUGAAGCGAGACAGCAACAAUGGCAGUCUCGUCUAACAUCACCAAUUUCGCAUCUGUUUCUCUAAAUUCUGCUCGCAUUCUUUCUUCUACAAACAAGUCCUCCAUUUGCUCUGCUCCUUUGAGCAACAAUUGCAGCCCAAGAGGUAGCUCAAGCAUCAGCCUUUUCAGCAUCAAUGGCUCAAGAAGAUGGAGAUCCUUCUCUGUUAAGGCCAUGGCUUCCUCUUUCGGUUCUCGGCUCGAAGAGAGCGUGAAGAAGACGGUCGAUGAGAACCCAGUUGUUGUCUAUUCCAAAACGUGGUGUUCGUACUCCUCUGAGGUGAAAUCGUUGUUCAAAAGGCUUGGUGUGGAGCCGAUGGUCAUUGAAUUGGAUGAACUUGGUCCCCAAGGGCCACAGCUGCAAAAGGUAUUGGAGAGGCUAACAGGACAACAUACUGUCCCGAAUGUUUUUAUUGGGGGGAAACACAUUGGCGGUUGUACAGAUACUGUGAAGCUAUACCGAAAAGGUGAACUUGAACCUUUGCUGUCAGAAGCUAAGGCUAAAAACACACAAAGCUAGCCCCACAACCCAGCAUGUAUUCACUUACAGAACCUGUCUCCUUGCAGUCUAUGAGUUGAAAGAACAUACGCCCCAUUUCUGCCUCGACAAAUUGCAAUGAUUAGAGAAAAAAUAUUGCGAAGGCUAAUUCGUUUUCAUAAACCUUUAUGAUUUGGCAGUUAAUGAAGGGUUUGUGAAGCUUAUGCAGAGUUUCGAAGGUAUCUAGAUGUUGUUGGAACUAUUCUCUUAUUGGAAUGUAGAAGCUUAUUACUUUUAUUUAUUUUUUAACCUUUAUUCUUA